UCACAAAUUAAUUAAAUAAUUAUUUUUAAUUAAUUAAUUAAUCUCCUUUUAAAUGUUUCAGCACACAUUUUCAUCACUCAACAACAGAAACURUUAUGAAAGAUGAUCAGGGCCACUGGGGGGGAAAAAAUCUGACUUUAAUCUCAGAUCAAAGUAAAUCAUGCUGGUUUGCUAAACCAAACCAGUUACAUGUUGGAUAUAAGCAAUGUUGGUAACUUAAAAAGCUGAGUGGACAUUGUUGCAACAUUUUUUAAAGUUGAGCCAACAAAACAUUUUUUAGAGCGUACCAUAACUUUUGUAAAAUCUGAUUAUUGGCAAAACCAACUGUUUUAAGUUUCAAAAGUUCCCACUGACAGCUCUGUUGGUAGAGUAUGUGAAGAAUGAGGUCCUCUCAGUACUUUAUAACAAAAAUAAUCUGACCUGCUCUGGGAUCAGCUAUCCACUGCCAUGCAAUGCCAAGCAAAGAACAUAAAUCAGUCUGAGUUCACUAUUUGGAAAAAAAAUUGUUCCCUUCUGAAUCAUCUAAUGUGGACCAUGCAGAACUGACCUGGCCUAUAAAUAAUACUGACACGUUAGAGGAGAACACACAACCUGAGGAAAACAAGAGUGAAGCAUUGCAAAAUGAAGACAAAUACUGCAGCAAGGAAGCUUUUCCGGAAUAUCAUACCASUGCUGCCAUUGUUGUACCUGGUCAGCCCAGCUUUUUCUGCACAACUUAACUUAAAAGCAGAAGACAUGUGUGCGUCAGAGGUGGCAGCUCUCAAAAGCAGCAUAAAGAAGCUGGAGAACGAACUUGUGAUCACGACUUGGCAGGUUGAGCACCUGCAGAUUCACAAACACUUCAGACCGUUGCAACGUACGCUCGACAGUGAUCUUGAAAUCGACCGAGCCUCUGUUAGAAACCAGGACGGUCUGAAUCAGAACCUCACUAAAACACUUUCACCAGCUGGUAAUUUAAUUGUUCAUGACAGAGACUGUUCUGAACUGUUUGACAGACUGAGACCACCAAGCGGUUUCUACCGCAUCAAACCCAAAUCCCACGAGGAGCCAUUUUUAGUCUACUGUGAUAUGGAGGACGGAGGAGGGUGGACAGUUUUUCAAAGACGUCGACAUGGAAAAGUCGACUUUGACAGAGACUGGGUGGACUACAGAGAYGGUUUUGGUGAUUUCAAGCUGUGGAAUGAUGAGUUUUGGUUGGGGAAUGAGCGUAUAUAUUCUCUUCUUUCAGAAGGUAGAAACCUGGUGAAGAUUGAUCUCAUGGACUGGGAAGGACUCAAAAGUUACGCAUUUUACGAGAACUUCCGGAUCACCAUUGAGGCUGAUAAGUAUCGCCUCAAAUAUGGGCAGUACAGUGGUCAAGCUGGGGAUGCGAUGACUGGUGGUGGGGGRAGGGUGGAGCAGUGGUCGUCCUGUCUCAGUGGAAUGCAGUUCAGCACCAGAGAUCAGGAUAAUGACAGAUUUCUUCAGGGAAGCUGUGCCCAGGAGAACAAGGCAGGUUGGUGGUUCAAUAGGUGUCACGCAGCCAACCUGAAUGGAAAGUACUACCGCAAAGGGAAGUACAAGGCUGAGUACGACAACGGUGUGGUGUGGGGGACAUGGAAAGGCUUGUGGUAUUCUCUUAGACACACCACCAUAAAGGUGCGCCCCUUGGUUUUCUUGGACACCGUGGGAAGUGGAGCAGGGGACAUUUGAAAAGCAUCAGGUCUUAAAACGAAGAAACGCUCUGGCUUUUAAAUUAUCAUUGCUCCUCUUUGUUUCAUUUUUUAAAUUUGUUAUAAAAAUCAGCUAAAAUGUAACCUUUUCUUUCUUUAAGUAUAGACUGCAACAUUAAAACCAGCAGGAUUUCAGCC